GCGGAUAUUUGUUUUGCCGGUCUUAUCGUCUUAUCGGAUGGUACCUAGGUACAUAUUCUAGACUUAUCGGCCAAAAAUUAUUGAAAAUCGGACCCCACUGUCAAAGCAAAACCGCCUCUAAAUUAUACAAUCGUACCUGAAUUUGCGAUUUCGACUUUAGAAGGUCGAUCUAGCUACGAUGGGUCUCGCAGGACCUAGGAAUCGUCGGAAGAUCCAAAACGAUCCGAAUAACACCAAAUGGAGCCGCGACGAGACUACCUUCGGCCAGAAGAUUCUGCGAGCGCAAGGUUGGGAACCUGGAAAGUUCCUGGGCGCACAAAACUCCUCUCACUCUCACCUACAUUCCGCUGCGAGCGCCGCCCCCAUAAAUGUUUUCUUGAAAGAUGAUACCCUGGGAUUGGGUGCGAAGCCCAAGCAUAAGCAGAAUGCCGAAUGCACUGGCCUUGAUGUCUUCAAGGACCUUCUUGGUAGACUCAAUGGGAAGUCCGAGGAGGUAAUUGAGAAAGAGAGAGAAGUUCGAUCGGGUAUCAAGACGAACCUGUAUGUGGAGAGGAAAUAUGGUCUUAUGAGGUUUGUCAGUGGAGGACUUCUGGUUGGAGAUCAGAUGAACGAAUUGACAAACACGACUACCAAAACACCCAAUCUCAAGGAAGAAGACGAAGAAAAACCAGUUUUAAAGUCAGAGGACGCUACAAUUCUACCCACGAAGAAGCAGAAGAAAGAGAAGUCGUCUAAAAAGCGAAAAGCGGAAGAUACCGAUUCCAUAGACAGCUCCGAUGCUAUCCCCGAGAAGAAGCGGAAGAAGCGAUCAAAAACCGAGGACUCAGUAGACGACCCGACCGACACCCGAGAAGUUGAGAAGUCUAGCAAGAAAAAACACAAGAAGUCGAAACGAAAAGAAAACGAAAAGACUGAGUCAGCUGGACCAGAGAAGGACAAGAAGAAGAGUAAGAAGUCAAAGAAGGGUUCUCGGGACGAAGCUGGGGAAAUUGGCACUUCUACCUUGUCAGAAGAUGCUCUACUAGAAAAGCCGUUAUCAAAAGAAGAGAGGAGAGCGAGAAAGAAGGAGAAGAAGGCAAAGAAGCAGAAACAACUGGAAACCCCAGAUUCCUCCACAGAAGCCGCUGGUUCAACAGAUACAUCAACCCCGGUAUCUCUUAUUACUCCUCAGGAAAGUGGUGCGUCAACACCAAUUGGCACGGGCGCUUCGACUUCCCAGGGCCUUUCCGCACGGCAUUAUGCUCGAUCACGUCAUAUCGCAUCUAAACGAAUGGCCAUGGCCGACAUGGCAGCCUUAAACCAGAUUUUCAUGGUAAAGCCAGUUUGAUAGAUGAAGUGAAGUGAUGGACAGGUUGGCUGUAUGAGAGCGCCUAUGAUACCCGAUAGAGCAUGAGUCUGAGGAUUGAAAACAAUGAUGAAACUUACACAAACCUCAUGGCAAAUUUCAUUAAAGAGAUCCGUGAUGGUGAAAUAAAAAGUCUAACAGAUGCGUACCUAGACGAAGAGUUCGUAUAUUAGAAUUAGAGCGCCUACGUUCUAGGAGCCGGGGCUCAACCACUAUAAACUCAUAUUUUCCAACAUAUUCGUCCCUUCGCCGACAUACGGGACGGAGAAUAUUCACAGUGUCAAGAAUAAUAUCCACGCGUUACGCCGGUGGCUUGACCUGCAUAUCAUCUGGCCUCUGGU